AUGCCUAAAAGAAAAAAAGGAGAGGAACGAAUUGAAUGUUACAUUUGUUCAGGUAUCAUCUCUAGUCCCUGUAAUGACUAUUGGAGAGAAAUGCGCAAGCUGUGUGUGUUGGAGCUCCUGAGUGCUAAGCGUGUGCAGUCAUUUGUACCUUUGAGAGAAGAAGAGACAUGGAAUCUUGUUGAGAAAAUUACCAAUGACUUGUUAGAGCAGCCACAGGGUCAUUAUUCUCCACCAAUCAACCUCAGUGGGAUGAUUUUCUCCACGGUAACUAACAUUGCUGCCCGUGCAGCCUUUGGAAAAAGAUGCAAACAUGAGCAAGAAUUUACAUCACUGAUCAAUGAAAUAAGUAAGCUUGCAGCUGGCUUUGACGUCUUGGAUUUGUUCCCUUCUCUCGAAUUCCUCCAUCAUCUCUCAAGGAAAAAGUCUGCACUUGAAAUCAUACAUCAAAAGAUGGACAAGAUUUUUGAUGAAAUCAUCAAUGAACAUAAACUUGUAAUGAAGAGAAAGGGUAGUACUAUUCUGGCAGAAACAACAUCAUUCCCCACCAUAUCAUCAGAAGAUAGUAAAGAUCAGCUGCAGCAGGAAGAUCAAGAUCUGGUGGAUGUGCUUCUACAACUUCAAGAGUCUGGUGACCUCAAUUUUCAACUCACUACCAACCAUGUCAAAGCUGUCACUCUGGAUAUGUAUUCAGCUGAAACUGAGACAUCGGCAACUACCAUAGAGUGGGCAAUGUCAGAACUUCUGAAAAAUCCAAGAGUAAUGGAGAAAGCACAGUUCGAGGUACGACAACUUCUUGCAGGAAAGAGGAAGAUUCAGGAGGCUGACAUCAAGAAACUGGACUACUUGAAGUUGGUGAUCAGAGAAACGCUCCGUUUGCACCCUCCUCUGGCUUUAAUCCCAAGACAAGCAAAUGAAAAAUGCAGAGUCAGUGGAUAUGAUAUACCAAUUGGAGCCAAGGUCUUAGUCAAUGCUUGGGCAAUUGGAAGAGAUCCAAAACACUGGGGCGCCGAUGCCGAUUGCUUUCGGCCUGAAAGGUUUCAAGGUUCUUCCAUUGAUUUUAGAGGAGCCAACUUCGAACUGCUUCCAUUUGGAGCAGGUAAGAGAAUGUGUCCUGGCAUAUCAUUUGGAAUUGCAGUUAUUGAGCUUGCACUUUCUCAGUUGCUCUACUUCUUCAACUGGAAACUCCCAAAUGGGACAAACCCACAAGACCUGGACAUGACUGAAUCUGAGGGAUUGGCCAGUAGGAGAAGAAAUGAAUUGAAAGUUACCGCAGUUCAUUCCUUUCUUCCCAUAACAACAACCGUUUGAAACUGAAUCGUUUGUGUAUUCUCUUGUUUAUGCAUGUAUUUGCUAGCUAGCUGCAUUGGAUGCUAGCUUCUAUAUUUGAAAUGCACCAACUGUAGCUUUUAUAUAUGAUCUAGUUGUAUAUAUUUGUUCUACUUGAUUGAAAAUUCAGUGA